AUGCGCUUAAUCACCACAACCGCUCUCUUCGCUGGCCUGGCCAGCUACACUCUCGCCCACUCGGGCCCCAGCGCUGGAAGGCGCAAGACCCUCGGCUUUGGCCCUGUUCUACCUCACGCCAAGUUCCAAACUGGCGCUAUCUUCGUCUCUGACGCCUUUACCGCGUCCAAGGAGCCGUUCGACGUUGCCACCACCUUUGUCCGUGGCAUUCUCGGCGACCAGCUCACCGAGGGCAACGGCUUUGUUCUUCGCAAGGACUCGUACACCGACAAGGCAACCGGCGUGACUCAUGCCUAUUUCCGCCAGCUCAUCAACGGUGUCGAAGUCGCCGAUGGCGAUAUGAACGUCAACGUUCGCGACGGCAAUGUCAUCUCGUACGGUAACUCGUUCUACCAGGGUGCAGUCCCCGACGGCUUCGUCUCUGUUCCCUCCGCCGGCCCGCACGCCGAGUUCUGCGAGAAGCUGGGCGAAGAGCAUCAGGCCGCGCUCGCCUCGUUUGUGCAGUCUCAGGGUGACCAAGUUGCUCUGGGCGCUGAGCAUGUUGACGAGCUCUCGCACGCCUAUGCGUCCAAUUGCGAGCACGUCGAGACACCCUUCCGGAUGGCGCAGGACGCCUCCUUUGCUGCUCCCGCCGGCGUGUUCGAUCCCCGUGCACCGCUCCUUCAGUUCAUGAUUGCCGCCGCACCCCAGGGCGAACUUGUCCAGGAUAUUACGGCCAACUGGGAGCAGCACCUCGAGCGCAUGACCAGCCACUUUGAGCCGCACUUCAUCGGUGGCGAGACCGCUGUCAUGACCGAGAUCAUCGCCAAUGUUCCCGGUGCGGUCAACCCCGUCAAGGCCAAGCCCGUCUACGUUCAGGUCGCCGACGGCGACAAGACGGUGCUCGUCAACGCGUGGCGCUACGAGGUUGAGAUGACGGACAACUGGUACGAGGCUGUCGUCUCCAUCGAGGCUCCCCAUCGUAUACUCUCGGUUGUCGACUGGGCCAGCGACUCGCCCAUGCCUACUCAGAAGUCCAAGACCCACUCGCCCGCGACGUACAACGUCUUCCAAUGGGGCAUCAACGACCCGUCCGAGGGCAACCGCACCAUCGAGAAGGAGGGCUUUGACGCGCUCGCCAGCCCGCUCGGCUGGCACGUCAUCCCCAGCGAGAACGACCCUACUGGGCCCACGCCCGGUGCUGGCAAGUACACCAACUUCACGACUACGGCUGGCAACAACGUCUUCGCGCACGAGGACUGGGAGGGUGCCAACAACUGGCUCAGCAACUACCGUCCAGAUGCUGGCAGCGACCUCGCGUUCGACUAUGAGUACGACCCUAAACUCACGGACAAGGCGGACGCGCUCGAGGAGGCGAAGAAGUACAUUAACAACACCGUCACUCAGUUGUUCUACACGACGAACAUGGUUCACGAUCUUUACCAUCGUUACGGUUUCGACGAAGUCUCUGGCAACUUCCAGCAGCACAACUUCGGGCGUGGCGGCUCCGAGAACGACGCCGUCAUCGCCAACGCGCAGGAUGGUUCCGGCUACAACAACGCCAACUUCAUGACCCCACCUGACGGUCAGAACGGCCGUUGCCGCAUGUACCUCUGGAACACCGCUCUUCCCUACCGCGACGGCGACCUCGAAGCCGGCAUCGUCAUCCACGAGCUCUCGCACGGUCUUUCGACCCGCUUGACCGGUGGUCCGGCCAACUCCGGCUGUCUCGGAUUCGGCGAGGCAGGCGGUAUGGGUGAAGGAUGGGGAGACUUCCUCGCGAGCACGAUCCGUGCCAAGGAGGUCUACGAGGACUUCCCCAUGGGCGCGUGGGCCGCUAACACGCCCAAGGGUAUCAGGAACUACCCCUACUCGCUCAACGAGACCGUCAAUCCGAGCAAGUACAACAUUCUCGACCGCUACUGGGGCGUACACGCCAUCGGCGAGGUCUGGGCCGAGAUGCUCUGGGUCGUGUCGCAGAAGCUCAUCGAGAAGCACGGCUUUGGCGGAACGCUGUUCCCGCCGCAGCCGCUUGAGGACGGCAGCAUCCCCACGGGCGACUUCUACCGUUCGCAGAACGACCUUGGGUCGGUCAUGGUUGGGGGCAAGGACGCUAAGCCGCUCGUUCCUAUCCACGGCAACACUCUUUCCGUCCAGCUCGUGCUCGACGGUAUGAAGCUCCAACCAUGCCGUCCCGGCUUCUUCGAAGCCCGCGACGCCAUCAUCCAGGCCGACGAAGUCCGCACGGGCGGCGAGAACGUCUGCGACAUCUGGAAGGCGUUCGCCUCGCGCGGUCUUGGCCAGGACGCGACUGUCAUCGGACGCACACCGUGGGGCGGAGGACGCCGCGCCAACGGCUUUGCGGUGCCGAAGUCGUGCGAGGAGGAUCUGCCGAAGCCUGAGCCCAAGCCUGUGCCCCCGCCUGGCGACGGCGAUGAUGGCGAUGAUGGUGAGGACGACGACUGGCCGUGGCCGUGGAGUUUGUUGAGGAAGUACUGGUGGGCGCGCGCGAUUUGA